AUGGCGUCCUCCAUUGCAAUGCGACAGGUUGGACGGAUAGCACGCUACACCAUUUUUCAGCCUCAGCUCUGUGUCCCCAGAAGAGCACUCUCCUCCCCCGCAGAGAACAGCCCCCUGAACCAAGGACCCAGCGCGGAGCUCUCUCUGCGUGGUUUACUAGACAUGGGCUUUACGGACACUCAAGCAGAACACAUUUACGAGACUGUUUACAAAAGCAGAGGAGGGAACACAGCCAAAAACACUUUAUGCACUUUGUCAACUCUGAUUGUCCUGGGCCUUAACCCCUCAAGCGUCCUGAAGCUGCUAGAAAAAUGCCCUGAGUUGUACACAGUCAAGGAAGCACGUCUGCAGCAGCGCAUUGCAAACCUGAGAAAACUAGGCCUUCUCGAAGGCAGUCUUCAGAGAGUUGUGGCUCAUCACCCUCAGAUCCUGAUCAUAAAGAGGAAGGUGAUCAACAAUGCGGUGAUGUUUCUGAAAGAGAAGUGUCUGUUUACAUCACAGCAAGUCACAGAUAUUCUCAGAGACAGUCCAGCCAUUAUACAAGAAGACUUGGCUCAGAUUCAGUUCAAGUUUCAGUACGUUUAUUUUCGAAUGGGCGUCAAACAGGCUGAGAUGGUGAAGUCCAGGCUGUUCCGCUUUUCCUUGGAUGAAGUGCGAAAUCGUCACUGUUUUUUGGAGCGUAGAGGACUUUAUGAAACUCCUGACAAAAAGGGACAGACCACCAUUAUCAAUCCCAAACUCAGCAACAUCCUUAAUGUGGAUCAGGACAUGUUUGUUACACAAGUGGCUAAAGCUUCAGUUGAGGAGUUUGAAGUUUUUCAGAGACUGAUGGCAAGAGAAUAUGAGGAGGAAGAUCACUGGGGAGACUUAGAAAAUAUCAAGCAAAUUGCGCCACCACCGAAAAAACUCCGGAUUGAUACAGCAUAG